ACUGAAGAGUACACCCUGGAAUAACUCCCAGCCUGGAGGUAUCCACCCAGGGCCCCACUCUGAUGGGAGGUGCUACCCAGCUGUACCACACACCUUUUACCCAAUGGCCUGUGAAAGCCAGCCCAGCACUGGGCCUUCAGCAGGGAGGGGUCUGGUCUAGCCCUGUGUGUGUGGGAGUGAGACAGGGAGACCGACUCUUACUACAGUCAGAGGGAUCCGCUGCCAGCAUCUGUCAAGUCCGCAGUGAUGCAGGGCCUUGUCACUGCUCUGCUGCUGUUAUGCUAUGGCACUGUCAACCAGGUGACCUUUACAAUGGCUGACCCGACCGCAGCCAAACUGCUCUGUGAAGACGACCAUGCCCCCUGCAUCCUUUACAGAAACAAAUGGGAAAAAGUGGUUGCAGAUGAUGAAGAGGUACUUGGUCAAGUUACGACCUGGGCAUCAUUCAGAAAGGAAGAUCCCUCAGGAAGCAGUUAUCAACCAAGACCCACUCUCAGAGAGCAAGUGACAACUUACAGGCCACGACUUCGAGGGCAACAGGGACUUCAAGGCCCACCGGGUUUGACUGGACUGCCUGGGCCAAAGGGGGAUAAAGGCUACGCUGGUGGGAUGGGCCGGACUGGACUCACAGGCUACCGAGGCCCCGUCGGCCCACCAGGGAUGCCCGCCAUCAUAGUGUUCAAAACCUCUGAGGAAGAGUGGAGGGAUUUCAAGAAAAAGAAAUUCUACAAAAAGCUAGUUGCAACUUGGCCGAGAUUAAAGGGCCCUCCAGGACUACCUGGCCCCCCCGGAGAUCCUGGACCUCCUGGACCACCAGGAAUCACUGGAAAACAAGGAAAGAAAGGAGAUCAAGGGAAAAUCGGGCUUCCUGGAUCACCAGGAAUACCCGGGCCUCCAGGACGACCUGGGAAUGAUGGGAUUGAUGGUAUGGAUUCUGAUGAUGGCCCACCAGGCCCACCCGGGGAAAAGGGUCUCCAGGGUUACAGAGGAGAGAAGGGAAUUAAGGGGGAGCUGGGUGAGUGGGGUUAUGAAGGAGAACCAGGACAACAGGGAAACAGAGGCAGAAAAGGAGAUAAGGGAAAUAAAGGAAACCGUGGACUCAUAGGGAUCACUGGAUAUAUAGGAAUAACUGGACCCAGAGGACAACUGGGCUUCCCAGGAACAUCAGGACCUACCGGAGACAUCGGUUUCGUUGGGUUCGUCGGAUCGCCUGGCCCUCCUGGCAUAAUGGGGCCAAGAGGACCGAUCGGAGUCCCAGGAGUCAAUGGACCACCAGGCCAACCAGGUGAACUAGGCCUAAGGGGAGCUGUUGGACCUCUGGGAGAGCCAGGUUCUAGUGGGAAUGUUGGAUUCCCUGGUGUUCGUGGGCCUCAGGGAGAAAUAGGUGGAGAUGGACCUGCCGGUCCAAAAGGGGAUCCUGUGAGUGGGGAAGCAGGUGAUGAGGGGGACAUAGGUGAACCAGGACCCCCUGGACUUAAUGGAGCCAAUGGCAAGCCAGGAAAAACUGGACCCUCAGGUGAUCCAGGGAUCAAAGCAUCAACGAGAGGUGACAAGGGUGAUCCUGGAAUGAAAGGGGACCGGGGUGGACCUGGGCCUCCUGGCCGAAAAGGCUUUAAAGGUAGAGGAGGAGCCUCGGGCACGGUGGGUAAUGCAGGACCAGUUGGGCCGCCUGGAUUCCCUGGAACCAGAGGAUAUGAUGGAAUCAUUGGUGAGAAUGGGAAGCAGGGAAAGGACGGGCCAAAGGGUGACAGAGGUCCUACCGGUGGCCUGGGCGUUAUUGGACCAAGGGGUGUUAAGGGUCGAGAAGGUCGUGCGGGAUUUGCUGGCUUGCCAGGGCCUUUUGGAGCAGUGGGGAAGAUAGGAGACAGAGGACCUGAAGGAGAACCCGGUAUUAAGGGGAGGCCGGGAAUUCCUGGAGUCAUUGGAAUGAAAGGGAUGAAGGGACUUCAAGGACCUCUAGGAGGUAGGGGUCUGAAUGGACCACAUGGGCCCCCGGGAUCAAUUGGAGCAUCUGCUUCUGAUGGGGAUCCUGGACCUACUGGACUCAGGGGAAUGAUGGGGAAGACUGGGACUCCAGGAUUUCAAGGCCCAGUAGGAAGGAAUGGAGAUUCUGGCGGUAGAGGAAUUAGUGGAAAGCCAGGAAAGCCAGGGGUCAGAGGUGCCAAAGGUAAAGAGGGUCCAGUCGGGCCUCCUGGAAAUCCUGGACUGAAGGGGAAUAGAGGUCAAGAAGGCCCAAAGGGGAAACGCGGAGGUCCAGGCCUGCAGGGAUUGACAGGGAUGAAGGGAUACAGAGGAGCUCCUGGCAUAGCAGGUAAUAUCGGACCAUGGGGUAAAAUGGGCUUGCAAGGGCCACCAGGGGACAAGGGGCCCAGAGGAACAAUCGGGCCCCAAGGGGUUAUUGGUUACCCAGGUAAAGACGGUCCACCAGGAAACAUUGGCCCUUUUGGAGAUAAAGGUGAUAAGGGGUCCAUUGGAGCUACUGGACAGAAGGGAGUUGCCGGUGUCGAUGGUGAGGAGGGUCCAACUGGAUUACACGGGCCAUUGGGGCCACCAGGACUGAAUGGGCUACCGGGUGAAAAGGGGAAAAUGGGAGCUCCUGGGGAAAGAGGUGGAAAAGGUAUCCAGGGAGACAGAGGCAACCCAGGUCAACAAGGUCCAAAGGGCCCACCUGGCAAAAAAGGAUACUUAGGACCCUCUGGGGACCGUGGAACAGAAGGGUUUUCUGGACUGAAGGGUGAGCCAGGCAUCAGAGGCCCAUCAGGCCUUGCUGGUCCUUAUGGUCCUGGGGGCAAAACCGGAGCAGCAGGGGCCAAGGCAGAGAAGGGCUUUCUUGGAACCACAGGACCCCCUGGAAGGUUAGGGCCACCGGGCUUUGUGGGAUCAAAAGGACCAAUAGGUUUACCAGGAAAAAGAGGAAUAAUUGGAAAGCUUGGACUUCAAGGACCAAAGGGAGAUCAUGGGGAGAAUGGAAAGACUGGCACGGCCGGUGUCAAAGGAAAUGUGGGAUUACAAGGUUCAAAGGGGACGAAAGGAGAUUCUGGAACAAAAGGCAGGAUGGGCACACUGGGAAAAAGGGGAUUCCCAGGGUCUCUAGGAGCCAAAGGCAGAUCUGGACCUGUUGGUCCUCCUGGAGAGAAAGGUUUUAAGGGGCACAAAGGGUCAAAGGGAUUGCGCAGCAGCCCAGGAAAGCAAGGCAACAAAGGGGUUAGAGGCAAACCGGGAGGCAAAGGUCCAUUAGGACUGGAUGGACCAGUUGGAAGACCUGGAAAACCAGGACUUGCUGGUUUGGAUGGAUUACUGGGAGUUGAAGGAAAUGAAGGAGACAAUGGUGAUAUUGGUUACAGAGGAGCCCCCGGUAGGCCUGGUCAACCAGGAAAGAUGGGUCAACGUGGAAAUCCUGGAUUACAGGGCAGCCGCGGAGGAACAGGAUCUAAGGGUUAUCUUGGAUCAAAAGGAAAACAAGGACCUGCAGGACCAGUGGGACCAAGGGGUAUUCCAGGGCUUAGAGGAGAGAAGGGGAAUGUUGGCCAGCAAGGAUCAAAGGGUCAGGCUGGUGCCAAAGGUCGACAGGGACCUACUGGACCACAAGGAGUUAAAGGAAAAUCCGGACCCCCAGGGCAUAAAGGGCGACUAGGUCCAAAAGGCAUACAGGGAGACAUUGGUCCUCGAGGUCCAUUUGGAAAAAGGGGCUACCCUGGUCUACCGGGUCUCUUUGGAAAGAGGGGUUUUAAGGGGAGACAAGGAAUGCCUGGAGCUAAGGGCAUGAAAGGGCGGCGUGGUCUCCCAGGAAAACCAGGUCCUCCUGGCCAUCCAUUAAAUACGCAACCUGGACUCCAUGGAAAAAGUAGAAGAUCAAAAAAGAUUCCCCAGCAAUAUUGGACCAUGAGUAGGAGAACGCUUGCUUCACUCCCUGACCAGGACGCAAGCAGCUCAUUCAGCUGGCCUCAGGGAACUAAAGACAACCCGGCAACCACGUGCCACGAGCUAGGGCUGAUUCACCCCCACCUGCAGAAUGGAAACUUCUACAUGGAUCCUAACCAGGGCUGUCCAUUUGAUGCCAUGCAAGUGUUCUGUAACUUCACUGCAGGAGGGAGUACCUGCAUUCCUCCUGUCCAGUCACAGAUAAAAGCCAAAUGGGAAGCAGAAAAGUCCAAAAAGUCUAUCCAAUGGUUUAGCCAGCUUGAUGGUGGCUAUAAGUUUGAGUAUGCCGGUCUUGAUGUUGUCCAACUCCGGUUUCUACGGUUACACAGCCACUCAGUUUUUCAGCGUCUGAACAUUGCCUGCCCUGUAAACCACACUAGCAGAGCAAACUGGAGAAGUGCAACUAACAGGGUUCUCCACUUUCUGGGAAACUCCGGGUCGGAGAUUGGUUCAAGCUAUAUGACUGUAUCAACGUAUGGUUGUGAAGUGGAGGUGGAGGUAAGAGUACGGGGGAACACAGAGAUCCACAGAGGGAACAUGGAGCUGUUGCCCCUCAGGGACGUUAGUGUGCAGGGAAGGGGAGACCACUGGGGCAUAGACCUCAGAGCUACCCUGGGACCUCUGUGCUUUUUGUAGCCUCCAUUUACAGUGUAUGGAGAAGAAGUCGUAUAGUUUUGAUAGCAAGUAGUUGAGAAAUUAUAUUUUGGACUUAUUUGUAAUUUUUUAUAAUGUAUAUUUAUAAGGAAAGAUUUGAACAGUUUUUUUUAUCUGCUGCAUGGCAUGCCUUUUUAAUGAUUUAUAAUUCUCAACGAUUUAAUUUGUGUAUAUAGUGUGCUUCAGAUUAUUUUUAUCAUGUAGAUUUCUAAAAAUGUAAUGUACUCAUUUUGUAUUUAAUUGUGAAACUUUUGUAUGUUUCUGCUAUUAUUUGAGGGUUUCAGAUAAAAAUCUGAAUCGACUAAAUUGUUGUAUAUAAUUUUUCUCUAAAGUUUCUCUCAAAAACAUCUUAAAACAUUUUAUGGUUUACACCCCGAUGAAAUAAAAAGUAUUACACCUCGUUGUCAAAUAUGGAAUGAAAAGACAUUUGUGAAUUAAUUAUAUGCUAAUAUGCAUGGUUUAUGAAUGGAAACUAUUGUAGUAAUUCUAUUUAUGACAGAUCAGGAUUUGCAAGACCAUAAAAUCAUGCUUGUUAGAAUUGUUCCUAACUCUUCAUACCUACCAUUUGCAGCAGAAGGUUAUAUACUUUCAUACAUAGAGAAAUAAUUAAGGUAUGUCUUUUGUUUUGCGUGACACAUUUACCCAAAACAAUGUUCAUUGACCUUAUACAGGCCUGUGUGCAUUAUGUUCUGCAACAUUAAAUAAAACACAUGGUGGUUUACUGAAUGACCCAUAUAAAUACUGAGAAGCAUUGUG